AUGCGUGACACGAAGGAGUAUCGGUCCAGAGCACUGCAGGCUUCAUGGGACGCCACCGUCAGCUGCAGCUUCGAGGUGGACUUCUGCGGGUGGUCCACCGGCGAGGACGGCGAGGAUGGCUGGCUGCGAAACACUGCCAGUGACUGGACAGACACUGGACCGUCAUCGGCGAUUCAGUCCGAUUGGUACGCUCAUGUGUCGUCCUGGGCUCACGAUCAGGACUUCGUCCUCACCAGCAGCGUGUUCGAGCCGUCCGAGGCCAUCCGACAUCUCCAUUUCCACUUCCACAUGCACGGGGAGGACAUGGGCCGCUUGCGGCUCGAAGCUUUCAGCAGCGCUGGGUGGACGGAGCUGUGGUCACGAGCAGGAGAGCAAGGCCAAAUGUGGCAGCUGGCCGUGGCACGCUUGCCACCAAACGUCACGGCAUUGCGCUUCGUGGGGACCACAUAUGACGGCGGCUGGUGGAGCGAUAUGGCCUUGGACGCAAUCGGCACUGGGCCGCCCAGCGUGGAGUUCGCUCAGCUCGCCUGCGAGUUCCUUCUUGAUGCCUGCCUGUGGCAAAGCACCGGCGCCUCUUCAUGGCAGCUUGCGGGGGAUGCCGAUGGCCAUUGGCUGGAGGCUUCUGGGAACAGUUCCCACGCGUCGGAUUGGGUCCUGGAGACCGCGGCUCUUUUCAACACCACCGAGGAGAAGGCCUUGGUUUUCGACUACCAGCUGUCCGGCUCAGAUACCGUGGCAUUGGAGGUGCAGCACCAGACCUCCGCUGAUGGCUGGCAGCGAUUGCUGUUGGAGUCGGGUGGCCGCGGCGCUGUUUGGCACACCGCCACAGUUGCCGUGCCUGUUGGCAGUGUCGGCUUCCGCUUCGUGGCCAAUGUCACUGGGGAGGCAGAUGUUGUGCGUAUCGACUCACUCCAUUUUCCGCGUGUUUUUACAGAAGUUGCUUGUGACUUCGAAGUCGACUUCUGCGGUUGGUCCACCGGCGAGCAUCCCUGGCUGCGAAACACUGCCAGUGACUGGAGAAAGACUGGCCCGGCCCUGGCGGCUCAGGGCGGAUGGUAUGCUUAUGUGGAGUCCUGGGCUGAGGAUCAGGACUUCGUCCUCACCAGCAGCGUGUUCGAGCCGUCCGAGGCCAUCCGACAUCUCCAUUUCCACUUCCACAUGCACGGGGAGGACAUGGGCCGCUUGCGGCUCGAAGCUUUCAGCAGCGCUGGGUGGACGGAGCUGUGGUCACGAGCGGGAGAGCAAGGCCAAAUGUGGCAGCUGGCCGUGGCACGCUUGCCACCAAACGUCACGGCAUUGCGCUUCGUGGGGACCACAUAUGACGGCGGCUGGUGGAGCGAUAUGGCCUUGGACGCAAUCGGCACUGGGCCGCCCAGCGUGGAGUUCGCUCAGCUCGCCUGCGAGUUCCUUCUUGAUGCCUGCCUGUGGCAAAGCACCGGCGCCUCUUCAUGGCAGCUUGCGGGGGAUGCCGAUGGCCAUUGGCUGGAGGCUUCUGGGAACAGUUCCCACGCGUCGGAUUGGGUCCUGGAGACCGCGGCUCUUUUCAACACCACCGAGGAGAAGGCCUUGGUUUUCGACUACCAGCUGUCCGGCUCAGAUACCGUGGCAUUGGAGGUGCAGCACCAGACCUCCGCUGAUGGCUGGCAGCGAUUGCUGUUGGAGUCGGGUGGCCGCGGCGCUGUUUGGCACACCGCCACAGUUGCCGUGCCUGUUGGCAGUGUCGGCUUCCGCUUCGUGGCCAAUGUCACUGGGGAGGCAGAUGUUGUGCGUAUCGACUCACUCCAUUUUCCGCGUGUUUUUACAGAAGUUGCUUGUGACUUCGAAGUCGACUUCUGCGGUUGGUCCACCGGCGAGCAUCCCUGGCUGCGAAACACUGCCAGUGACUGGAGAAAGACUGGCCCGGCCCUGGCGGCUCAGGGCGGAUGGUAUGCUUAUGUGGAGUCCUGGGCUGAGGAUCAGGACUUCGUCCUCACCAGCAGCGUGUUCGAGCCGUCCGAGGCCAUCCGGCAUCUCCACUUCCACUUCCACAUGCGCGGGGAGGACAUGGGCCGCUUGCGGCUGGAAGCUUUCAGCAGCGCCGGGUGGACUCAGCUAUGGUCGCGAACGGGUGACAAAGGCCCGCAGUGGCAGCUGGCAUUGGUGGUCUUGCCGCCAAACAUCACGGCACUGCGCUUCGUGGGGACCACGUAUGACGGCGGCUGGUGGGGCGAUAUGGCCGUGGACGCAAUCGGCACUGGACUGCCCACCGUGGAGUUCUCUCAGCUCACGUGUGACUUCAGUUUCGACACCUGCCUUUGGCGAAGCAAUGGCGCCUCUUCGUGGCAGCUUGAGGGGGAUGGGUCUGGCCAGUGGCUGGAGGCUUCUGGGAACACUUCCCACGCUUCGGAAUUCAUCUUGGAGACGGCAGCACUCUUCAACACCACCGAGGAGAAGGCCUUGGUUUUCGACUAUCAGCUGUCCGGCUCGAAUACCGUUACGUUGGAGGUGCAGCACCAAACCUCUGCUUUCGGCUGGCAGCGCUUGCUGUUGCAGUCAGGUGGCCGCAGCGCGGUUUGGAACGGCGCCGUUGUCAUCAUCCCUGGUUUUACCGUAGGCCUCCGCUUCGUGGCCAACGUCACCGGUGAUCUCGCCACGGUGAAGCUGGAUUCCUUGUUGGCCAUCGAGUCGGCUGGAGCUCUGGCGGAAGUGGGCUGCACAUUCGAACAGGACAUGUGCAACUGGCGGGGAGACUGGGGGCGCCGAAGCGGUCCCUCCCCAAACCAGCCUGUCACGGGGCCCCAGGCCGCCUUCCACGCCGAGAGCUAUGUUUAUGCAGGAACCGUUCGUGGGCAGGUGUUCAGGCUCACCAGCCCGCUCUUCCCGAAGCCCCGCAACGUCUCCUACCUGGAGUUCGCCUAUCACAUGCUUGGUGGUGGCGUCGGCAAGCUGGAGCUAUGGUACCUGAAAGGCGGCAGGUGGAGCUCGCGCUGGUCCCGGCAAGGAAACCAAGGGGCCGACUGGCUUCAGGCCAAGGUGAGGCUCCCAAGUGGGGUGGAGAUGCUCCGUUUCGUGAGCUCCGGGGCGCUUAGCGGGGACUCCGAAGUAGCUUUGGACGGAAUCCUCGCCUGGGAGGGCCCUGAAGCAGCGCCGGCAGAGUUCCUGAGCCUUUCUUCUGGUGGCUACCACAACUGUGCAGUUCUCAAGGCCGAGGGCCUCCUGAAGUGCUGGGGAUCUGGACGUAACGGCCGCUUGGGUUACGGCGGCGAAGCAAAUGUGGGCACCGCUCCCGGUGAGAUGGGCGAGAACCUGCCGGCCGUGGAUCUCGGAGAGCCGGGCGUUCGAGUGACGAAAGUGUCUUGCGGUCAAUGGCACACCUGCGCAGUUCUCGAGACGGGCGUCCUGAAAUGCUUCGGGAGUGGCAGUUAUGGCAAGCUUGGCUACGGACACACCCGCCAUGUUGGCGACGAGCCCUUGGAGAUGGGCCAGCACCUGCCAGCGGUGGACCUGGGCACCGGUGUGGAGGUGGUGCACGUGGCUGCUGGUAUCGACCACACCUGCGCUCUGCUUCGAGGCGGGCGCGUGAAGUGCUUUGGCCAGGGACGUCUGCUGGGCUUGGGAGACGAGGAGAACCGCGGCGACGAGCACGGCGAGAUGGGCUCGGAGCUCCCAGUGGUGGACCUGGGCACCGACUUCGAAGCAGUGCAGCUGGCCUUGGGAUAUGCCCACAGCUGUGCUCUCUCAAGCCAGAGUGCCGUCAAAUGUUGGGGACAGAGCAACCGCCUGGGACUAGGACUUGGCGAUGGUGGACGCUACAUCGGAACCAACCCCAACGAGAUGGGCGAUGCCUUACCUGUAGUGGACUUGGGCCCCCUUCCUGCUGUGCAAAUCGCAGCCGGGGCAUUCCACACCUGCGCCGUCCUGUCCGACGGCUCUGUCAAGUGCUGGGGUGAUAAUGGCCGGGGUCAACUGGGGCACGGCAACCUUCAAGAUGCGGGCGACCAGCCCAGUGAGAUGGGCACCAGUCUUCCUAUUACAGAUAUGGGCGAUGGGGUGACGGUUGUCCGCAUCGCGGAUUCGAGUGGCAGUUAUCACACCUGUGCUGUCCUUCAAGAUGCAAACCUGAAGUGCUGGGGCCGGGGAUGGAGUGGCCAGCUUGGCCAGGGCAACCUGGAGGACUUGGGAGAUGAGCCUUCAGAAAUGGGCUCCAGGCUCCGCGCGGUCGGCCUCGGCAACCGCGAGGUGCGGGAUGUGGGCACCGGUGUCGGCCACACCUGCGUGCUCUUGAACGACGACACCACGAGGUGCUGGGGCGCGGGCAGUGCUGGGCAGCUGGGCAUUGGCAGCAGCCUCAGCGUCGGCCAGGUGCCUGGCGAGCUUGGUGUGGCUUUGGUGCCUGCGGAGCUCUUCCGCCUGACCCUCGGUGCUGGCCUUCAGGGUCUCAGCUUGCUUGCCGUCGCCGAAGACCAUGGCUUUGCCACAGGGCUACUUCAGCUGCAGCACGGCGCUUCUGUGGGCCUGGUCUGCGAUGAUGGCUUCGACGAUCGGGUGGCGCAAGUGGCCUGCCGUGAUCUCGGCCUGGCCGGCGGCAGGGCCCUGGCAGCCUUGGCAAUGUGGGGUGCUGCGGGGGCCGGCACCAUCCUUGCUGACAACAUCAGGUGUACAGGGGCAGAAGUGAGCCUUCGCGACUGCAUCUUCCGUGGGUGGCAUGUGCACGACUGCGCUCCUGAAGAAGUCGCAGGUAUCCAGUGCGCGUCGGAUGCCUGGAGCGACUUCACACCCGCCGCAAGCCCCGCCGGGCGCCAGGACGCUUCUCUGGUCUGGGACAGCGAGACGCAGUCUGCAUGGAUGUUCGGGGGCCACGCCAGCAACGCCUUCCUCUACUUUGCGGACUUGUGGCGCUACGACUGGCCUCGACGAGCUUGGACGGAGAUCCUGCCGUUGAGUGGGGGUGCCGCCCCCGGCGCCAGAUGGGGCCACGCGGCCGUGUGGGACGCGCAUUCCAGGUCUAUGCUGGUGUUUGGCGGCCGGUUCCAGGUCACCUUCUACGACGAUGUCUGGCAAUUUCGCAGCGAGGACAGCGCUUGGAGGCAAUUGCCAGCCUUGGCGAAGUCAUCGGCACGCGCCUACCACACUGCGAUCCUGGACCCCGUGGAGAGGGCCGUGCUCGUCUUUGGAGGUGAGAGCGGUAGCCAGGUGCUGGAGGACCUCCAGCGCUACAGUUUGGCGGACGGCCAAUGGAGCAAGUCUGGGGCGACAGGUCCCGGAGCCCGCAGUCGACACACUGCCGUCUGGGUGCCCACAACCCGCUCCAUGCUCGUUUUUGGCGGGUGGACUGGGCAGCAAUAUCUGGAUGGCCUGUGCAGCUACGAUGCUUCGGCAGGCACCUGGGCCGAGUUGUCAGCUGCAGGAUCUUGGCCCACUGCUCGCGCUGGGCAUGCCGCCGCGUGGGACCCCGUUUCGAUGAGCAUGCUGGUCAUGGGUGGGAUCACCAAUGUGAGCAACGACCUCAGCUACGAUGCCUCCAUAUACAACUACACCCUCUUGACGAACUCUUGGAAGGAGGAGGGUUUGCAAAGUCAGGUCGUGGGCCCAAGUGGCCGUACGGGUCAUGGCGUUGUUUGGGACUUCGCUUCUCGCGGCUUGCUGUCCUUCGGCGGUUUCAAUGCCUCCUACUUGCAGCAAACCUGGCGAUACGUGGUCAGUCAGACCAACCCGCCCUUGCUGGUCCACUGCCAGCAGGGCCGCAACUGUUCCUUCCGCCGGAAUGCCUCCGGCUCUGUGGCCGCGAAACGCAACUGCUCCGACCCGGAUUUCUUGGCAGGACUCCCUACGCUGCUCUCUGAAGCGGAGGAGGAGGGUCUCUGGAUGUUCGCAGGAAAUGCAUCCCCUUUCUUCACAGAACCGGGUCAUCACCGCCUCUGCUGGUGUGACGUCAACUGCAGCCACCCCGACAACUUCAGUGUGACGGUGGCCUACUUUAUCGUGGAGGGGCCGCAGCUGCGCCAGUCCGCUCGCUGCUACCUUGGGACAGAUUGCACGAUCGCCGGGUGGCGAGGAGUCGGCAUCUCCGUGAACGACAGCCUCGUGAUGCGUGGCCGAUGCAAUGGAGAGCCUGAGGCCUCUUCUUCUACCUACCCCCGGCGUUCGGUCGGCGUCUCCUUCAACGAGUCGUAUGGUUGGCACACCUUGCACGUGGGCUUCCUGGACCCUUCGGAGGGCCUCAAGCCGGAAGCUCUGGAGCUUUGCUGGUGCCCUGCGGCGGCGGCCCCUUGCGCUUCGGCGGAGGACUUUCUCGUGGUCGCCCUGAGCCUGGAGGUCCUCUGCCCGCCCGGCGAGUACAGCGAAGGGCCCGGCUCUUCCUGCCUGCCCUGCCCACCGAACUUCUUCUGCCCCGGAGGAUCCGAAGUCCAAAGCUGCCCGUCGGCGAGCACUUCGGCAGUGGGCUCAAGCCAACUCCCCGACUGCCUUUGCCUUCGAGGGCGCUACUGGGAUGCAGAGAGCACCAUCUGCCUGGCGUGCCCCGCUGGCUCUUCGACGUUGCAGGAGGGAGCCACCGGCCUUGGGUCCUGUACCUGCAUGCCCGGCUUUUUCAACACGCAGCCUGACAACCCGGCAGUUUGCGAAGCCUGCGGCGUGGGCUUCUUCUGCACAGGGGGCCUGCAGGCCCGGCAGCCGUGCGCCGCGUCCCAGACCACCGAGAGCGACACUUCAGCCGACGAGUCCCAGUGCGUUUGCAGGGCCGGCAGCUUCUUGGAAGACGGGCUUUGCACCCCAUGUCCCGUUGGAUUUUUCAAGGGCAGCGUUGGAGACUUCCCGUGCUCGCCGUGCGGCAGUGGCAGCUUCAGUAACGGCACUGGCAACACAGAGCGUUGCAGAUGCCUUCCCGGCUAUGGCUUGGACGAGGAGAUAAACAAGUGCACCGAAUGCGCUCCGGGCGAAUACAAAGCGCUGGUGGGAGACACCCCCUGCAGCCGGUGUUCCGCCAACAAGACCUCGGUGCAGGCCGCCACGUCUCCCCUUGAUUGUCGAUGCCGGUCAGGUCUGGCAGCAGAGGGCGAUGCCUGCCGAGUCUGCAGAGCAGGCUUUUUUUGCCCGGGCCAGGGUGAAGAGAUACGGUGCCCGGAGAAUGCUACCUCACGCGUGGGCUCCCUCCAACAAGCAGACUGCUUGUGCAACCCGGGGUACUAUGCCCUUGAAGCUCGGGCCAUCUGUGAGCCUUGCCAACCUGGACGCUACAAGCCCACGCUGGCUAACGAUCCAUCUUGCCCAUUACAGUGCCCCACAAAUGGCGAGAGUGCCAAUGCGUCCACCGAUUUGAGAGACUGUUUCUGCGUGGCGGGAUUCUAUGCAGUUCUGGAUGAAGCAGGAUGGUUAGCCAGGUGCGCCAGUUGUGCCUUCCUUCCUCAUCUGCAGUGCUUGGGUGGUUUUCACACUCAGGCGGGCAUCACUCAGACUGGCAACCACACGCUGCCUGUCGCUCGGCCGGGGCACUUCCAGACAGGACAGACCAUCACCGUGAAGUGCACCGCGGUCACGGCCACUGGCCUAAGCACUUGCCUCGGAGGGCAGCCGUGCGAACAAGAUGACGCAGUGGACUGCUUCGGUAGGUAUGGCAAUGCCUGCGACGAAGGCUCCACUGGCUUCUUAUGUGGCGAGUGCCCAUACGGCUGGGCCAGGAGUGCCUUCCAGCGGCCCUGCGAACCGUGUGCUACCAGUUCUGCUAUGCCACUGAUUGCCGCAGUUAUCAUCGAUGUUGGGACGAAGGCCACCGUCAGCUUCGUCGUGGCGUCCAUGGCGGCAACAGCUGCCGUCAGAGCAAGCAGCAAGCUUCACACAGUUAUGAUCCGCAUCGCCACCCAGUGGCUGGCUGUCUGCUCGGUGCUGGCAACCUUCGACCUGACCCAGAUACCUAUCAACGAGGACACGGAGACCUGGUCCAGAGAGGAGGAUGCUCGGCUCUUCCCGUGGCCCGCACAGGUCACCGCAGCGAUGCUAGGCCUCUUCGAGACCCUCACGCUGACCCCCGUCUUGACCUCCAUCGACUCGGCAGCGCAGUGCCUGGCACAGGAGUUCUCUUCCCAAAGCACGGCUCCGAGCUUGGCCGUUGGGGUGUACUAUCUCAUCCUGCCUUUGCUGGUGAUUCUCGGCAUAGUGCUGCUCUCUUUGCUGGUGGUGCAUGGCCUGGUGCCUUCGGGCCAGCGCUUGGGCUUCGCUUUCAACGAAGCUGGACGCCGCCAUCGCAGGAAGGCCAAGGCGAUGCAAAGCCUGCGUGAGGCAAUGGAUCAGAUGCUGGGUGAGGCUUUUCCGAAGACGUCCGGCCUUCCUGCCGUUGCUCCGACAUCGAACGCUCCCACCGUCACCUUCUCUUGGGUCGACCUCGAGCGCUCGGGCGCCUUGCAUUUCCACACUGUGGCUCAGGUGCAGCUUGCAGCCGAGGAUCUCGACGCCUUCCUUUGCCACGCGGUGAUUGGAUCCCGGGAGCUCCUCCUGAGGGCUUGCGCCGCCCGAGCGGCCCAACUUCGGCCGCAGGCCGAGGCGCAAAAGGUGCACGAGGAGCUGGCGCAGGUAGAUCUGCGGCCUUUCCUGACGACCGAUUUUGCCUCGCAGUUCGUGACUUUCACCAGCAUGCUGGAUAUGGUCUUGGAUGAAGUGCAGACCGGCGUCGCCUUCACCGGCGCUGAAGCUUUGGAAGACUCCGAAGAGAACGACGCACAGGAGCAUCUCAAGGAGGGCUCUGAGCCUUCAGCUGGAUGCGAGGCGGCCGAAGGCGCUUUGCAGGCUACGGACGACGCGCCGCACGAGGUGCAGAUUGCGGUAUCGAAGCACGACUUGAGCCCCAUGGUGGAUACGGUGGUGGACUCUCUGGACUUUGGCCUAUUCUCAGCGGCACCUCGUUUCGGCCAGCUUGCACGGCAGAGCAUUCCAGUCAUCUGGGUGAGCCUGGUCUCUCUAUGGCCUGGGCUACUGUCCAGCUUUCUUCAAAUGAUCUGGUGUGUUCCAGUGCCGGAAGACGAUGUCAUCGUGAACCGACUGCUGCCCAACCCCUCCGUCAUUUGCUGGUCCGACGAGCACUUCGUCUCCGCCCGCAUCGCGAUUGCCGGGCUUGUGGUUUGGUGCGUUGGCAUCCCGCUGACGCUGGCCGUCCUGCUGCUGCGCAUCCCAGACAGACAGGCUCCAGAGAACUUCAGGCGCUUCGGCUACUUCUUCCAGGGCCUGGAGCCGAAAUUCUGGUGGUGGGACCUCCUCGUGAAACGUUUGGACCUCGCCUCAGAAGCUUUGAGGGACGUGGCCUUGAUGAUGCUUCUCACCUACACUUCGGUCGUGCCGGAUCCGAAGGGCAAGCUCAUGCUCUUCCCCGCCCUCUCCGGCUUCCAGGUGUUUUUGGCUUCCUGGGUCAAGCCCUACGCGAACGAUCAAGCUGAAAUCCUUGAUGUUGUGGAGGCCGUCGUGUCCAUUUUGCACUCACUGUGCGGAGUCGGAGCUUGGCCGCAGGUGACACUGUCCAUGAUCCGCUUCCUGCUCUUCUUUGCCGUGGCGUCACUUCUCAUUCUGAAGCCACCGGCAGCAACUACUCACGCGCCACUCUGCUGA